UGCCUUUCUUUUAAUUUUAGGUUCUGUCUUCAUUUUGCUGACUCAAUCCCCAGAUUCCAAGGAAAGGAGGGGAAGUGGAAUAAAAUACUCAAGUGCCAGAGGAAAAGCAAGACUAGCCAAUGAAAAUUACUAUUACUAAACUGUAGAUUGCUGUCACACACAGUGGGGGGGGAAAAUUGCUGUCUAUUACUUUUGCAGAUUUCCUUCAUAAAACAUCAAAUAAGCUAAGCCACUUCAACUAGGGCUGAAUUAGGAAAUGGAAAUAUGAUUCCUUGCUGGUAUCUUCUAUCUUCCUCCCUCUUGGCAGUUUUUUUUUGUUUGGGGUAGGAAAUCCUGAACAAAUUGUAUGGCGUCAACCAGACUUACAGUUGAUGGUUAUGGAUGACAUAGGAACUUCUGAUUUACGUCUUUGCAAUAACACCUGAUUAAUGCAAAGCUUGAAAACUGCUCAUCAGCUAUGUUAGCAGAACCUGUAGUAGCUAUUACAGUUAUGUUUUCUCUCUUUUUCUAAGAUUUCAAGUGUGGGGUGAUGUCCCCUGGAAAGCAAGAGCAGAUAAGUCAUCUUUUAGGAUUGGAAACAGAAAUAAUAUGAGAAUGCCCAGAAGAGGCUUAGUAAUUCAAGCCAGGACUCGUUGGCUAUUGGUGGGCCUUGCUUUACUAUUCAGUUUAGUCUUGCUCAUGUAUUUGCUGGAGUGUGCUCCACAAACAGAUGGCAACGGAUCUCUGCCUGGUGUUGUAGGCGAAAGCAUGGGUAAAGAAUACUAUCAAGCUCUCUUGCAGGAGCAAGAAGAGCAUUAUCAGAACCGAGCUACGAGUCUGAAACGUCAGAUUGCCCAGCUAAAGCAAGAGCUUCAGGAAAUGAGUGACAAAUUGAAGUCCCUGCAGGAAAAAAAGAGCCCAAAGGUCAAUGGUAUGAACUAUCAGGGCACCAAAGAGCAAACAUCCAAUGAUCUCCUAGAGUUUCUUCAUUCCCAGAUCGACAAAGCUGAGGUGAGCGUGGGGGCCAAACUGCCUAGUGAGUAUGGAGUCAUUCCUUUUGAAAGCUUUACAUCCAUGAAAGUAUUCCAGUUGGAGAUGGGGCUCACUCGGCAUCCAGAAGAGAAACCUGUUAGAAAGGAUAAACGAGAUGAAUUGGUGGAAGUUAUCGAGGCUGGCCUAGAAGUUAUCAAUAAUCCAGAUGAAGAAGAUGGACAAGAUGAAGAUGAUGGAGUAGGAAACAGGCAGCUAUAUAGUGAAAAUGAUUUUAUAGAAGGUUACUAUCGUACAGAAAGAGAUAAGGGGACACAAUAUGAGCUGUUUUAUAAGAAGAUGGAUGGCAUGGAGUACAGGCAUGUCACCUUGUUCCGACCUUUUGGACCCCUCAUGAAAGUGAAGAGUGAAACAGUCGAUAUUUCUAGAUCGAUCAUUAACGUUAUUGUUCCUCUUGCUGGAAGAACUGAGGCAUUUGCACAAUUUAUGCAAAACUUUAGGGAUGUGUGUAUUCAUCAGGAUAAGCGUGUUCAUCUCACAGUGGUGUACUUCGGACAAGAUGGUCUAUCAGAAGUGAAAAGCAUCAUGGAAUCUGUAGCUAGAGAAACUGACUUCCACAAUUACACGCUUGUCUCUCUGAAUGAGGAAUUCAACCGAGGCCGAGGACUUGACAUGGGUGCCAGAGCCUGGGAAAAGGGCGAGGUCCUGAUGUUCUUCUGUGAUGUUGAUGUUUAUUUCACAGCCGAAUUCCUCAACAGCUGUCGCUUAAAUGCUGAGCCCGGGAAAAAGGUUUUCUAUCCUGUGGUAUUCAGCCUUUACAAUCCUGCUAUUGUCUAUGCUAACCAAGAUAUACCACCUCCUGUGGAGCAGCAAUUGGUACACAAGAAGGAUUCUGGCUUCUGGCGGGAUUUUGGCUUUGGGAUGACUUGUCAAUAUCGGACAGACUUUCUGACUGUUGGGGGUUUUGACUUGGAAGUGAAAGGCUGGGGCGGCGAGGACGUUCACCUGUACAGGAAGUACUUGCACGGCGAGCUGAUGGUGAUCAGGACGCCGGUGCCUGGGCUGUUCCACCUGUGGCACGAGAAGCACUGUGCGGACGAGCUGACCCCGGAGCAGUACCGCAUGUGCAUCCAGUCCAAAGCCAUGAACGAGGCGUCGCACUCGCACCUGGGCAUGCUGGUGUUCAGGGACGAGAUCGAGGCGCACCUCCGCAAGCAGGCCUACAGGACUAACAGCGAGGCCGUGGGCUGAAGGGCUCCCCGGGGCCCUCGCUGACUUCAAAUUCACAGUGAACCAGCAUCAUUUUACAGCCUUAAUUCAGCUUACAAAUGCAGUGCCUCUCUUUUUCAGUGAAGAAGAGUUUAGAGGGUUUUUCGUUCUCGUAUUUGUUUUCUGAGUAAUCCUUUGACUGAUAUGCUCUUAACCUACAUAUCUUGUGAGUUCAAGCACCUCAGUUAAGUUGGACAGCAUAUGUAGUUGAAGGAAAGUGUCUUCAGUAUCAACUGGAAAAAUCUGUGGAAUGUACAAUUCAACACUUUUCCAUGUGGUACAUUUCUGUUCUUACAUUUGCAUUCUUUUGAGAAUUAAAUGAAAUAAUCUUU